AUGGUAGACACUCCCAGGAAACUAAUUACUGUCCAUAUAUUUGUAAAACGGCAUGGGGACAUGAGAAACCUCCGGACGUACCUAACGCAAGCACGUCAUGUGAUGUGUGCCAGCGAUGGUAUACAUGUUGUCAAAGGUGUUGUGAAAAAAGGAAGUCUCGUUUCUUUUCUGCUCUUCGAGCUGGGUGUGUGGAAUGGUUUAGCCCAGUGUACCCAAGUCACAUCAUUCCCAUCAGCAGAAGAUACUCACACUCAGCAUGUGUACAUGAAUCCUCUAUGUAUGUUUUGGUGGAUGUACAUCAACGAAUACUACUUCAAUGACUUAUGGCGGUUUGAUUUAGGGCUACAUGGAUGGACUCGUCUAUUGACAACUGGCACAUAUCCUUCUCCAAAGGCCUAUGCUUCUAUGGUAACAUGGAACAAUUGUCUAGUGUUAUUUGGUGGUUGGACACACCCUUCCCUCUACCCAUUACACCAGCAGUGGGUCUUGUUUAGUGAACUUCAUGUUUAUGAUAUUUUGGGUAAUCGUUGGACCCAGCUGUACUAUCCUGGAUCACCACCACCAACAGCUGGUCACUCUGCAUCUGUACAUGGAAGUGUGAUGGUUGUUUUUGGGGGCUUGCAAAAGCAAGAGGGAACAUCUGCAAGUACUAAUGAUGUAUUUUGCUUGGACCUUGUAAGACAGUGUUGGUUUAAACCAGUUGUAUCAGAUCCCAUGCCAAAGCCUAGUGCUAAGUGGCAGUGGGAACAAAUUUCAGUAGAGGAGUCAGAGUUUAUGCCUUCACAGAUGUGGUACAAUCCUGCUUGUAAAGUUGGAAAUAGCAUAGUUGUAUUAUCAACCUGUGGAUCAAACAGCAACUCUGCAGGUGGCAAUAUGUCACAACUUCUAGUACCAGGUACAGUAAGGAGACAACCUGCCAAUGUUUGGGUUCCUCCAGCACAGCAGCCAGAAGUCCAGCCACAUGAACAUCCUCCUCCAGAUCGUCAUCAGUUGGAGCCAAAUGUGAAUGGUCAGCGUGGUUUUCUUAGGCCUGGUUUAAGGGCUGUAGACCAGGCAGAAUCAAGCAGUGAUGAGAAUGAUGACCUUAAUCCACAAGGUGGACCAGGAGUACCAGGAAGAGGAAGGCCACGACCAUCCAUAAGACCCAAUGCAUCCAGUGAUAGAGAACGCCGUCUCCAAGUCUUGUCAAGAAUGAAAGAAAGACUUCGUGAAUUGUCAAGGCACCAGCAGGGGGAACAAAGUGCAGCAGCACCAAUGAAACCAGCUCCUACUAGAAGUACAGUAAUUCCUCAUAUGUUGGACAUAGGUCAAGUUAUCACUACAAAGAGAGCAAAAUGGUGGCCAGUCAACCAAGGUGGAAUCCUCUCAACAAGCUCAGGCACACCACCUCAGCCAUCUCUCCUGUAUUCCCUAGUUCUUGGUCGAGGUCACCUUGUCAUGUUUGGUGGCAUUCCCCAUGACCCCACUGGAGGACAGGGUCAGGAGACAGUUUCUAACUCUAUGUGUCUUACAGACUGGCAAAUUUGGAGUUACUGGAAUGUUACUGGAGUUGCACAUUGGUUUAAGUUAUGCUUCAUGUCUGAUUAUAUUACGGUCCUUGGUUCCCCCCUUGAAGAAUGA